AUGCGCAUCUGCGAACUAUGCUCUGCACCACUUCCAGUGCCAGACUCUAUACAAAGGAAGGCGCUUGAAGACCCGUUGGGUCGGUCUGAGUCACCAGGACCUGAAAUCUCUGGCCUGUCGUUGGAGGAAGAGCAUGAGACUCCAAGUGUCAAGUUUUCUUUUCGGAAUGGCGGUGAUCGAGUUUUCUACGAGCGACUGAAAAACGCGAUGAUACAGAGGAAAUGGUUGUUGCAGAAUGCACCGCCCAUCCCACGCCCCGACAUUGAGCGUGCGGCAACGCCACUUGGCAGUCCCAGUCCUGUGCCACCAUCUGAGUCUCGAGCAGUUGCCGUUGGCAUAGCCGGGCUUGAGCAGCGUGGACUUCAGACUCGCAAGAACAACGAAGCAGUGCUGGGCAAUGCGUUUGAAGAUUUGGAGGCUCUGAUGGCGUCAGCCAAGGAUGUCGUUGCCCUAGCAGAGCGAUUUGCCUUGGAGUCUGGAUCACAGACAGGUGUUCCCGGAGCGUCGUCCGACCCUCUUCUGUCUCAGUCGGCGGCAGCGCUUGGCAUGGUAGCAACGAAAGACAUGAUCGGGGACAACUCGACUGCUCUGUAUAUCUCCGAACUGGCAAGGAAUCUGGCCGAAUAUGCUACGGACGACCGCCAGGCGAUUUUACAACGUCAAGGUGGCACAAUGAGUCUGGUUGACCUGUGGGCAAUGUUCAACAGAAGCCAGAAUGGGGUGGAGCUAGUCAGCCCAUCAGAUUUCCACAAAGCGGCCGAAGCAUGGGAAAAGUUGGGCCUGCCUAUCAAGCUACGGCGUUUCAAGAGUGGACUGUUGGUGGUGCAGCAGCGCAACGCAAGUGACGAGAAAACAAUCGGCCAGAUCAAGGCGUGGCUCGAUUCAUUACGACUCUCGACGGCUCCCACAUGGUCAGAGGCAUGGGACAGGUCAAUGUAUGGCAUUGGAGUUACAGCACAGCAGGCGGCUGCGCAUUUUGGCUGGAGCCUUGGGGUUGCCGCCGAAGAACUUGAAAUGGCAGAGGAGAAAGGCGCAGUCUGUCGAGAGGAGGGCGUGGAAGGGCUGAAGUUUUGGCUCAACCACUUGAUCGAAGACGACUAG